AUGCUUCGUACUGCAGAGGUUCCUCAUCUGAUCUCUUUGACUACACUUGAACUUGGAGCCAGUGCCACUUUUCACUGUCCGUUCUCUGAGGAGAAAGACAGAUUCUUCCACUGGUAUAAGCAGUCUCUUGGGAAAAUGGUCCAAACAGUAGGUAUAGGGGUUUAUGGCAAAAUAGAUCUAGUUAGGCCAUUUAGUAACGCACGUUUCCGAAUCCAUACAACAAAUGAUAGCUGCAGACUCACUAUCAAUCACAUAAACAAAGAGGAUGAAGCAACAUACUUCUGUCAAAGCGGUACCGAGUUUUUACAACAUUUUGUUAGAGGAUUCUUCUUGGCUGUAAACGAUUAUAAGCAGCAGACAUCUGUCUACGUGAAACAAACUCCAAAGAUAUCAUCGGUCCAAAUGAGAGACACGGUGACCCUCCAGUGUUCACUGCUCACCAAGAACAAAGAAAACAGCACCCAGUGUCCUGGUGACCACAGUGUGCACUGGUUCAAAGAUGGAUCAGGAGAACACCACCCAAGUAUCAUUUAUAGUAAUUUUAUUAAUAGAAACAGCACUGAUGAGGAAAAUACGAGGAAAGGUUGUGUGUACCAUCUCUCCAAAAUGAUACACAACUCCUCUGACGCUGGGACUUAUUACUGUGCUGUGGUCACAUGUGGACAGAUCCUGUUUGGUGAAGGAACUAAAGUGGAGACAAGUACUGGACACGAGUAUAUUUUUGUUUUCGUUCUCGGAGGGCUGCUGGUCUGCUGUGUGACUGCAAUCAUCAUCCUCAUUUCCUGCAUAACUCGAGGAAGAAGUUGUUAUCAUUUCAAAGGUUGA